CUCUCCUCCUCUUGUUAUCGAAAAACCUAGCAGUGUUUUCUCUACACAAAUUUUCCAUGGACUGGAGGCUCAAGACAUGCUCGACAUCUUCUAACGAUCUAAUUGAGCAGGAAAUAAAAAAAUUGAGGAAAUCUUGCGAAAAGUUGACUGAAACUUUUGAGAAACUACAAGAGAUUAUUCUAAACGGGCGCAAUCUACCGGUAGUUUCAUUCAAGGAGAAAGAAGCCCCCGAAAUAAAGGUGCAACCGACCCUUCUCGUUAAAGGAUUUGAUGAAUCCCUUCCUAGGGAUGAAAUCAAGACCGCAUUGUGGAAACAUUUCAGUACGUGUGGAAAGGUCACAGAUGUUCAUGUUCCCAUAAACUUUAAAACCGGUGCUCCCUUGAGAUAUGCUUGCAUUCUUCUGGAAGAUCAUACAAAGGGGUUUGCACUCAGAGGAAGUCUUUUGAGGGGGCGAGAGCUCCAAGUUUACAUGAUCAAUAAUUCAGAUCAAUUUGGUUGGUUUCGUAACCUUACUAUUUACCGUCCAUAUAAGCCAUCGUUCGCUGUAAGAGACGAUUUGAUAUGUGACAUUAGAAGAAAAAUCAGGUUGAGGGAGGCUCAGAAAAAACUGCGAAAGGCUGGAAAGUUGAGUUCGAAGCAACUUCGAAUCAGUCCUCUUUAGAAGAAAACUCAGGCAGAGGAAGCAGAUCGUUGGAACUCGUUUUAGUAAGGUUGGUCGUUUCACUGCUUUGACCGUCCUUGUUAAAGACUUGUAAUUGUCGCUUUACCGUUUCUGCUAGCUACUUCUUUCUCGACCACAGCGCGCUCUCCAUCAAAAUAUUUAAUAUCAUACCUAAUUUGCCUACGAAAAAACGGAACAUAUAUUGGAAAGACAGUUAUUAGUCGGAAAGUUCUUGUAACAAAGAUUCAAAUCUCAAAA